AGCUGUAAAAGAAUAAAGAAGAAAUAUCUUCUAGAUCGAAUUAGUAUUGAUGAAUUUACACUACGUCCAAUUACAGAAGAAAUUGAUGAAGUAGAAUCUAAGUUUAGUUUAAUGUCGACCAUACCAUUAUCAGAUAGUGUGUUAAGUAAAGCCCUUGGUGAACAGAUCAGUAGUCCUAAUAGAGUUUAUUCUACACCAUUUUCUUAUGCUUCAGUCUUAGUUGGCUUCCCUGAUUUGACAUCUUGUGAAGUUCACACCAGUUCACGAGAACCUCUACCAGAAACAAGCACUACACCCUCUAUCAAAGAUCCCUUCUUUAAAAUAUUGGCGAAACCACCUGCACCAGAUCCAAGAUCGGGAGUUGCCUAUUUACCAGAAUCAGGGCAGAUAAUCCAAGCUCUUCCUGUCUGGAAAGUACCAAAACAUGUCUUUGGUGAUGAGAAUAAAGUGAAGGAUUUAGGUGGUUAUUUAGAAGUUUGUGAUUUAGCCAGCCAUAAAUUACGAUAUGUUCCUAUUCCUGGGGCUGUAAGAAUAUCACCAUAUGCAUCCUGGUUGUUUGAUACAUCUGAUGUUAAUGUUUUCAUGGCGCCAAUGAGCAAUGAUGGUCUGGUUACUGUGGAUAUCGGUGGAAGUGUCCGUCUAUGGGAAACUUCUGUCAGCCAUCUUGAAAGAUCUCUAAAUGAAUGGAGAAAUAUGAUUGGUCAUGAAGAUACACGUCCAUUACAGUUAAAUGUAGAACGUGAAAGUGGGCGGGACCACAAAGAUAUUGAACCUAAACACGGUAAAGAAGAUCCAAUGAAUGAACCCCAUGUUGGAGGUGGUCAGUGGGCUGGUGGUGUAGGUGGAAGUGGUACUGCUGGUUUAGGAGGAUUUGGAGGUCCGUACAGACUGGAUGCUGGUCAUGAAGUUUACCAGGUACCACAGUGGGAAAAAGAUGCGGUGCCAGAAUCAGUACAACAAGCUGCUAGAGAAAUGGCUCAAAAAGCUUUCAAAGAAAGACUAAAGGAGAUCGAGAUGAGUGAAUUUGAUGCUGAAACAUAUGAUAAAUUUUCUAGCAGUGUUCGUAGACAAGUUCAAUCAUUAAAGGUUAUUCUGGAUAGUUUACAGGCUAAAGGUAAAGAGAGACAAUGGUUAAAGAAUCAAGCGUAUGGUGAUCUAGAUGAUGCCAGAUUAAUCGAAGGUUUAACAGGAGAAAAAUCUAUUUAUAAAAGACGAGGGGAAAAAGAACCAGAGAUGGGUUCACCACAAGAAUUACCUAAACGCUUACGUUUUGUUGUUGAUGUAUCGGGUAGUAUGUAUAGAUUUAACGGCCAUGAUGGACGCCUAGAGAGAGAAAUGGAAGCAGCUUUAAUGGUGAUGGAAGCUCUAGAGAACUAUGAUGAAAAAAUAAAAUAUGAAAUCUGGGGGCAUUCAGGUGAAGAUUAUAAGGUACCAUUUGUUAAAGCUGAUAAGCCACCCAAAAAUGAAAGAGAAAGACUAGUUGUUUUAAAGAUGAUGCAUGCCCAUUCCCAGUUUUGUCUCAGUGGAGAUAAUACUCUGGAAGCUACAAAGCAUGCCAUAGAAUCUGUUGUAAAGGAAGAAGCUGAUGAACAUUUUGUAAUUGUGCUCAGUGAUGCUAAUUUUGAUCGUUAUGGUAUUCGACCUCAUCGAUUUGCUGAAAUACUGACGGAAGAUGAAAAUGUAAAUUCUUAUGCCAUUUUUAUUGGCUCCCUUGGUGAUCAAGCUAUAAGAUUGUCUAAACAGUUACCUAUGGGUCAUUCAUUUGUUUGUAUGGACACAAAAAAUCUACCCCAGAUUUUACAACAGAUUUUUACAUCCACCAUGUUGUCUUCUUGAUGUUACUGACAUAGACAAUAUAUUGAAGGACCAUGAUUAGAGAGAGAAAUACAUUUUACAGCUUUAUUUAUUAUUAAUUGAUAGAAUGUAGUUUUCUUAAACUGCUAAAUUAAAGAUUUAGUAUCAAAACUACUAGAUUUGUCAAAGUUCUGGUCCCAGUAAUGACAGUGCUUCACGUUUGACGCGAGCGAUCGCUCUCGCUCUUCUCGGCUCGCGCAAAAGUCAAAAUAGAAGAGCUUUUUAUCGCUCUCCUCCGAGGAUAAAAUCGCUCUCGUCAUAUUUUACAUGUCAAAAAACGAACCCCAAACUGCAAAGAAAGCCCAUGUAACCAAUCCUCGAAUAAUUGUCCAAUGGGAAUUGUGGUUUUGGUCCACAGGAAAAUAUCGCUAAAUUUGAUUCUGGGUGCUGGAAAUUAGUGGAAACAUAUGAUGCGUCAAGUAAAUAUUUUUGUUAACGUGAAAAUAUUCCUUAUUUUUAUUGUAUAUAUUGGCAAACUCAGUAGCACACUAAUAAAAGGUAAUACAUGUUGGUCGUUGAGGUUACCGUUCCAGCCAUUAUACUAUAAAGCAUGCAAUAUGCAAAUAAGAUUGUUUGAUUCGUGCAUGCAUGCUGUCAGCCAAUAGUAACAGUAAAUUUUCCCGCGGUUAGACCCCUCUAACCAAUGAAAAAAAUAGUUGUGUAGGGAACAUUCAGCCAUUGUUUUGAAAUUUCCUCUUGGUUGAAUAUGGCCAACAAGACAAUGAUUAUGUCGAAUCAGAAAAUAAUUAUUGAACCUUAAAAUAAAUACGUACAAAAAAGAAAGAAAAUAGAUACAGUCAGAACAGUUUUCCAAAUGUUCAAUUGAUCACGCACGCAGUUGCAUCGACGAUUCAAGCUUCUCACGUGAAUUUCUAUAAUUUUCAAAAAAGAAAAUUUACAUAAAUAGAAAUAAAUAUAGAGUUUAAUCAGACAGGCCUCGAAAUGUCGCUUUAGUAACUGACCUGUCAUUUAUAAUAAUUUUCCACGUCACUCAUUAUCCAUGCACACAAACACGAUUAAAUGGUUUUGAUUCUUAUUUUGAUCCAUGUGAAUAUCGUAAUUAAUUUCUUCGACAUCGGCAGGACUAAAAAUUCGCGUGAAUCGCCGCACUAGCUGUAUAAAAUGGAAUAACAAACACGUCGUUGCACCUGACACUAACUAUUAUUAAUCUCACAUUCCGACUUAUUUACGCUAAAAAUUAUAUACAAUAUACAUGUAUGUAUAAAAUACUCUUUGGACCAAAUUGUUUAAUUUUCUCAAAUUGUCCUGUAAAUUAUUGUGGAUGCUCUAGAGGCCAAAGUUAAUAUCCGAUUGACUUUAAAUUUAUUUACAGUGUUUAAGGUCAUGAGACGAAGAAGCCUAUUGAUUUUCAGCGAUUUCCGAUAAUUACUGCCAGAGUUAUGGCCCUUGAUCACUUCAAAAAAUCUUGUGGACGCUCUAGAGGCCAAAGUUAAUAUCCGAUUGACUGUAAAUUUAUACACAGUGUUUAAGGCCAUAAGACGAAGAAGCCUAUUGAUUUUCAGCGAUUUCCGAUAAUUACUGCCAAAGUUAUGGCCCUUGAUCACUUCAAAAAAUCUUGUGGACGCUCUAGAGGCCAAAGUUAAUAUCCGAUUGACUUUAAAUUUAUACACAGUGUUUAAGGUCAUGAGACGAAGAAGCUUAUUGAUUUUCAAUGAUUUCCGAUAAUUACUGCCAGAGUUAUGGCCCUUGAUCACUUUGAAAAAUCUUGUGGACCCUCUAGAGGUCAAAGUUAAUAUCCGAUUGACUUUAAAUUUAUACACAGUGUUUAAGGUCAUGAGACGAAGAAUCCUAUUGAUUUUCAGCGAUUUCCAAUAAUUUUUGCCAAAGUUAUGGCCCUUGAUCACUUUGAAAAAUCUUGUGGACGCUCUAGAGGUCAAAGUUAAUAUCCGAUUGACUUUAAAUUUAUACACGGUGUUUAAGAUCAUGAGAUGAAGAAUCUUAUGAUUUUCAAUGAUUUCCGAUAAUUUUUGCCAGAGUUAUUGCCCUUGAUCACUUUGAAAAAUCUUGUGGAUGCUCUAGAGGCUAAAGUUAAUAUCCCAUUGACUUUAAAUUAAUACACAGUGUUUGAGGCCAUGAGAUGAAGAAUCAUAUUGAUUUUCAACAAUUUCGGAUAAUUACUGCCAAAGUUAUGGCCCUUGAUCACUUUGAAAAAUCUUGUGACGCUCUAGAGACUAAAGUUAUUAUCUGAUUGACUUCAGAUUGAUACACAGAGUUCAAGGUCUUGAGACAAACAAGUAUAUUGAUUUUCAAUGAAUCUUUAUGACUUGAACAGCUAAAUGCAUGAUGUUAAAAGUUUCAUACACCAAACGUUAGCAUGGGGCAGAACUUUAUAAAAACCAAACAAAUUCUAAUGGUUUUCUGAUAAUUACUUAAUGAGUUGUUACUCUUAAUCAGAUUUUAAUUUAUUAUAAAUGUUUCAUUACCGAAAAAAGUAAAAAUAUGCGACAACUCUUGUUGACUGCCCGGACGAUAUAGCUGCUGUAGGCUUAUGUUUCGUUGCCUGGCAACCUAUCUUUUUAAAUAAUUAAAAGUUUGGAUUUAAGGAAAAUUCCAUUAUAUAAUAUUAAUUUCCCCCCGCCUUUCGAAGAAGGCAGGAGACUAUUAAAGUGGGUUCGUCUAUCUGUCUGUUAGUCACACUUUUUGGGACACAAUAACUCUCCUUCUAAUUGAGCUAGAAUGUUCAAACUUGGUGUAGGUGUUUAUUAGGUCAAUGCACAUUUUCUGCUUAGAGUAAGCAGAGAUAAACAAUUUGAUUGGUUGAUGCUUUGGGACACGAUAACUUUAGUUCUAAUUAAGUGAGAGUGAGGACACUUGGUGUAUAGUUUUAUCACAUCAAUACCUUGACUAAGUUCGAUAAUGAGCAUUUUCUGCUCAGGGUAAGCAGAGUGAUAAGCAAUUUGAUUGGUCGAGACUUUGGAACACAAAAACUCUCCUUCUAAUUGAGGUAGAAUGUUCAAACUUGGUGUAGGCGUUCAUUAGGUGAAUGCCUUGAUAGAGUUCAAUGAUAAACACUGUCUGUUAGUAAGCAGAGAUAAGCAGUCCGAUCGGUUUAUGCUUUGGGGCAUGAUAACUUUGAUUUUAAUUAAGUGAGAGUGAUGAAACUCUGAGUAUAGAUUCAUUAUAUCAUUAACUUGACAAAGUUUGAUGAUGAGAAUUUUCUGCUUAGGCUAAGGAGCGAUAAGCAAUUUGAUUGGUCAAGACUUUGGAACAUAACAACUCUGCUUUUAAUUGGGUUAGAAUGGUUAAACUUGAUGUAGAUGUUCAUUAGGUGAAUGUCUUGACUGAAUUCAAUGAUUAACAUUUCGAGCUAAAGCUAAGCAGAGCUAAGCAAAUUCAUUGGAUGAUGCUUUGGGAUAGAGUGAUGAAACUUAGUGUAUAGUUGAUAAUCAGUUUGAUUGCUUGAUACUUUUGAAAAAAAAUAAAUAUGCUAUUAAUUAAUAUGUGUCAUCUAUUUAUUUUGGGAUUUCAGUGGGGGAAAUCAGCCUCACUGUUGGCUUGUUGAUCUAAUUAUACUUUUACAUAGUAACACAUUACCUCAAAUUAAUGUAAAUACAUUGAUAUUGUAAAAUAAAGUUGGAUAUUAAUUUAAUUUCUAAUCUAUGAAAUAGUAUUUUAUUAAAAUCUUACAAAUUGUUUAUAGAGUUAAAGAUACAUUCCCAUGAAAGUAUUUAUAGGGUAGUUAUAGGCGUCACAUGCUGGCAGUUUGUUUGCUUGAAUUACAUAGGUAGAGCUUGAUUUUGAUGAUUGAAUGGCUUGUGGUUGUGAUAACAGUGAGCAACUUAAACGUACUGCAGAUCUUGUGCUUAGAUGGCCGAAAAAUAAGUUGGCUGAGGAUAAUCAAAGAAUUUGUUUAAGCUUAUAUAUUUACAACACAGGUUAAAACACAGAUCCUAUUUAGUUUCGUUUUUUAUAGUUUAGAACUUCAUUUUAUUUGUCUCUACUACACUAGGAUCUGGAAGAGUUGUUAUAUUAUCAGCAUUUUGGUUGAAGUGAGGGAUAAGCCAAUGAAACAGGCUGUUACUGUGACUUCUUGCCGUGCCAUGCAUGGAACUAUGGGUAGACUUCUAGAAACGUCAGUGCUGAUUGAUUAAUCAAUCUGUGACACCAUAGGGUCAAAAGUCGUUCGUACAACCUCUGACGCUACCUUUUACUACAACCAGUCAGAUCUACAUGUAGUGUAGGCCAUCGAAAGUCUAAAAAAACGAAACGAAAUAUAGAUCUAUAUUUGAAUCAGUUUGAUAUAUUUAUGGUAAACUUUAGCUUUCAUAGACUUAGGGUAGGUCUAAUCUAUUGCAUCAGCAUAUAUUAAAUAAUACCCAAAUAUUUGUAUGGCUCGUAACAGAUGUGUCUUAGAUUUUGCAUUAUGAUCUAAUUUGAACACUUGGGAUGUAACUGUAUUGUCAAAGCACUGCAAAUAGAAAAACACAUUUCAAUACACUUCUUUGAUAGCUGAUCAAAAAUUAUGGAUCAAAAGUUUUAGAAAAAUUGCUUAAAAUGUAACCCAUUUAUAAAUCAAAAGUUUGGGGUUUUUUUAUUUUGUUUUUUCAAAUCUUAGUAAACAGGCCUGAGAGCAGUUAACUUAUUAACUGGUUAACUUAUUAAUGAGAUUAAGGCGUUAAUAGAAACGAAUUAACUUGUUAACACUCUGUAACAACAUAUGCAUAUUCGCCCGGAAAAUCAUUUAUAGACCCAUGAAGGUACCUAAUUCAUGCUAAAUUUCAUCCAGAGACCACAGUGUCACUGUCGCUUCAGUUACGUCUGCCAGAUCACACGUCUCUGGUCGAAAUACCUUCGUAUCCAGUCUCCGAAUCGGAAUCAAGUGUCAGGGUCGCAGGUACCAAAUUUGAUUUGUUUUUGAACAUUUUCCGUCAAAAUGCCACCUAUAUACGUCUAGGAUUAAAUAUUAAGGCCAAUUGCAAAUUUCGUCAAGGUCGCGAGAUCUAAUUAGGGUUAGGGCACAUGAUUGUUGGCGAGAUUGUAGGUUAGGACUAGGUCUAGAGUUAGGGUUAGAGCAAGCCUCAUUCACAUCUCGUGACCUUUGACUAAAUCUGCAGUUGACCUUAAUAUUUAGACCUAACCGCCUAGAUCCUUGAUAUGGAACUACUUCACGAAGUGCGAUGCUGGUAAGGUUCGGUGUGAUCGUUGUGCAAAGGCACAUGUGUCUCUUCUGACGGAUAUAUCUGAUGCAAUUGUAGCCUAUUCAUGCAUGGAAAUGAUGGUUCCUGUUAAAAUCCAGAAUAAAAAUAAUAUUCAAAAAUAAGGUUUUUCAUACGCCCACAUUUUUUAUGUGGACAUAUAUUGUCGUCGCCCCAGUCCGUCUGUUUGUCUGUCCUUCCACAAUUUGAUUGUGGAUACUCUACAGGUCACAAUUUUUAUCCGAUUUUGAUGAAACUUGAAAUAUAGGUCUAUAUUUCGGUUCCUUUAGAUAUUGACAUGUAUCGGACCAUAACUUUAUGGAUUAUGGACCCUGAUUGUACUAAAAAUCACGUUUUUAGCUUGUGGACACACAAGAGGUCACAAUUUUCAUCUGAUUUUGUCGAAACUUGAAAUGCAUGUAUAUAACCCAAAGAUCUUUGCAUAUUGGACUGUAACUUCCUGAAUUUUGGCCCCUGAUAGUACGAAAAAACACGUUUUUAGCUUGUGGUCCCUCUAGAGGUCACAAUUAUUAUCAGAUUUAAAAAAACGUUUGAAUAUACCACUGUUACAUGGUAAAGUUGGUUGAGCUUGAAUUUCUUGAAAUCUGACCAAAACUACCGGUUUUGAUGAAACUUGAAAUGCAUGUUUAUAACCCAAUUUGAUAUUCGCGCAUAUCAGAUCGUAACUUCCUGAAUUAUGACCCUUGAUUGUAAGAAAAACCGUGUUUUAGCGUGUGGUUUUUCUAUAGAGGUCACAAUUGUUAUUUGAUUUAAAAAAAGGUUUGAAUAGAUCACCGUUACACCCUAAUGAUGGUUGAGUUUGAAUUUCGUGAAAAUCGAACCCAAACUGCCAAACAAAAUGGCUACCCCUCGUACGCAAAUAGUGUAGUAAAUAUACGGGUAGACUAAUCUCCGGAAUUCACCUGAAUUCACUUCAAAAAUCCACAAUUCCUCCCACAAAACUAUUUUAAAUGUAUAAUACAUUAUAAUAUAACGAAUAACUAGAAAUCACAAUUUUGAUCCGAUUUUGAUGAAACUUGAAAUACAUGUCUGUCGAUAUUUGCACAUAUCUGAUCGUAACUUCCUGAAUUAUGGCCCUUGAUUGUACAAAAUUUAGAGGUCACAAUUUUUAUCCGAUUAAACACAUGUGAAUAUAUCACUGUUACACACUAAGAUCUUGGUUCCUUUUGAUAAUAUAUCUUUAUAACCCAAAGAACUUGGUUCUUUUCUAUAUUCGUACAUAUCGGAUCGUAGAAAUGGUUCCACUACUGAUGUCUUCUGCCUUACUCCAGCCACAGUAGUGCAGGCGCGGAUCCAGAGGGGUUGUUUUUGUAAAACCUUUUUAUGAGCAAAGUGUCAUAAUUGUGCUUUAUCCUUUAUCGUCAGAUGGUGCGACAGGAUGGACACUGAAAGCGCGAGAUAAUGAAUGAUAUGCGAUAUCACAAUUAAUGCUUUGCAUCAAUGAAACUGAAUCUCAGUGUCAUCGUAUUAAUUCAUAAUAAAAAUUGACGUCAAACAGGAUGUUGGAUUUCUCUGUUUAAAAAGAUCAAUGUGUAUUAUGUAUAUAUAUGCCAAAAUGACGAUAGAGACCAUGUAUUUCUCAAAAAAUUUCAAGCCGAGGGGGAAGUGGUGGUUACAUUUUCUCAGGAACCUGGCAAACCCCCUCCUGCAAAAAUUCCUGGAUCCGCCCCUGUAGUGGUUUGUCCUAUGGAGUUCCUUUGCGCAAGUUUUUUAGUCAAAUGACUACAAAAAGGUUACUGGCCAAUAGCUCCCUUAAUUUACACAUAAACUGCCCCAAAACUGUACUGCACAUAGCUUAAUAUAUAAUAAACCAAUUCCCAUUGAAAUAAAGGUGAAGCCUCUUUCAUAAUUAUAUGAUUUGAUGGAACCCAACUGCUACACGAAAUUUCUCGCCUACUGAACUUAAAAUGUCUGCCCAGUCAGAAACAGCAUGCAUACUUCAUCUCAUGUCAAACAUUGCUUUGAAAAUGUAGAACGUAUUACUACAAAACCACAAAGAAAAACUGUUCGGUAACUAUUUUAGUGGUCCUGACUAUUUGUGAUAGAAUUACUUAUUUCAAUACAAGCUGUAAUGAUAUGUGUUGACAAUUGUGCGUUUGAACCUAUUUGAACUUACGUAAGGAGUCUUACACAGUUUAACGAUACAUUUAAUUGUAGCUAAUUGGAUCGUAACUUCCUGAAUUAUGGCCCUUGAUUGUACAGAAAAUCACUUUUUGUUUAGUUUGUUCUCUAUCCAUCUCUUGCAAAAUGUGGGCGUAUCUUGCCUGGCAGCCGCUGGUUACUCUCUGAAAUAGGUUGGGUACAAAAAUGGGCAUAUUUUAGGAGCUUCUAUAAUUAACUCAUAUAAACUUGUUAACGUUAAAACGUGUUAACCAGUUAAAGGAUAUUUUAACUUGCUCUCAGCCCUGUUAGUUGCACAUUUAUACCGGUAAGUGUUUUAAAACACAGUUACCAUUCUAAGAAUUUAUUCAUUUUCUUGUCCUGAUCAUACAAUGCUAAUAAAUUGAUUGUGCCCUGUCUGUCCGUCAAUGUCAUCGGCCCGUCACACUUUUUGGGACACAAUAAUUCUGCUUGUAACAUGGAUUGGAAAUCUUCCUUUGUUCUUUUCGUUGAAUAAGCAGAUUGUUUUCCCUUUAGUAGAUUGGGUGGAGCUUAACCGUGCAAUAACUAGACAUGUUCAAUGUUAUUGCACACUUUUUGCUGGUUUACACUAGUUUUAGUAGAAAUCAUAUAGAGAAGUAGAGUGGGGUUUCUGUGCAAUAACAAUAAGCAUGUUGAACAGUUGUCAAUGUUACCAGUCAUUUAUAGCACGCUUCAUUUGUUAACAGGGUUAACCCCUCGGCCUUUGGCCUCUGGUUAUAUAACUUAUAAUAAAAGAAUGUUCAAACUUG